AUGGCGAAUCUCGCUGACCGGAAUCCUCAGACCGGUGCAACCUCACAUUCCGUCGGCCUGAAGUCGAAGGCAGACGAAGCCGACGGAGAAAUGCGCGUUGUCACGAGAGCGUUCAUGAGCGCGUUCGCGUUCUCUCUGCUGCUCCUACUGUUGCUGACGGCAAGGAGAUGGCAACAGCAGGAUCUCAGCGGCACAGAUCCACGUGGGAGGCUGAGUUACAUAUCUGCCAACCGAAAGCUUCUCGUUACCGCGGAGCAGGGGGUGGAGGUGGGAAGGAAGCCCAAUCGGAUCGGGGAGGCGUGCUCGCGGGAGGACAUAGCGCUGCACCAGGGAGCCACGGCGCCGCUCCCCAACGGCAUUCCGACGUACACCGUGCAGAUCCUGAACAUCUGCGUCACCGGCUGCAACAUCUCCGCCAUCCACGUCAGCUGCGGGUGGUUCAGCACUGCCCGCACCAUCAACCCCAGGGUGUUCCGCCGCCUUCGCUACGACGACUGCCUCGUGAACGACGGCAAUGCCGUCCCCCCCGGCGGCAGCCUCUCCUUCCAGUACGCCAACACCCGCCCUUACCCCCUCUCCGUCUCCUCCGUCGUCUGCCACCCUUGAGCCCCAUUCUUUGGCGGUAAGCAAAGUGGAGGGAUUUUUUGAUGGACUCAUUUUCAUGUCCUGAAUAGAGAGUCACGUUCGAUCAUCUCCAACGAUUUUGUUUCCUUGGAAGUGUUCUCU